ACACAGACGGAGAGAGACGGAACUCGGGGAGAACCGACUUCUGGGGAACCAGGAACCGGCAAAACGGAGCGAGCGCCCGGUGGGAACGUCCUGAGACCAGAGCGGGAGUGUGUACACCGGGCGGGUGUGUGUGAAGUAGCUGAGAGUGGAGUGCGAGCGUGUAAACUGGGCACUGGGAUGAAGGGUUAUCUGAAAUUUUCCAAUGGGAUUUACGCACUUAAAACCAAGACAACAACCAUCGGACGACUCAAGGAAUCUGCCCUGUGUUUGCAGAAUAGAGGGAUUGAUGACCGACACGCCCUGAUUGAGUUGAACGACUCUGAGAACUGCUUUGUUGUCCAGGACCUCAAUUCCUCAAACGGAACGUUUGUGAAUGACUGCCGUAUCCAGAACGCAGCGGUGAGACUGGCGCCAGGAGAUGUGCUACGUUUUGGGAUUGGGGGUGACACCUUUGAGUUGCUGGUGGAGACUGUUCCUUCG